GCCGCCCGCCGCCCGCGGCAUUCGAAAGUCGCUCGGCGGGCGGGGCUUCCUCUUCCCCCUCUUCCUCUUUCCCCUCUUCCUCGUCCUCAUCCUCCUCCGCCGGGGGGCCGUGCCGGGCCGCGACGCCGCUUCUCGGGGCAAGGGCGAGCCUCGGCCGGUGAGGGCUUGUGGAAGGGAAAAACGGGCGCGGACCCUGCUCGGGGUCGCUUCUUCAGCGAUGGCAGCCUUGGAGGCCGCCGAAAUGUCCCUCUUGGGUCUGAGCUGCGUGAGAGAGCGGAUGCGGGAGAAGAAAAAGGGUGCCUUGAGGACUGCGAAGUUGAAUGCCUCGCUUGCAUCGAAAAUCAAAACGAAGAUCAUCAACAACUCCUCCACUAUGAAAAUCUCUCUAAAGCAGAACAAUAAAGCGUUGGCUCUGGCCCUCAAUGCAGAGAAAGCCAAGGCACAGCGGCUCACUCAGGAGAAGACUAUUUUACAGAAGGAGGUGAAGCAGUGUCACUUCCAGAACGCUGUGCUGCGGCAGAGGCUCAACUUCCUGAAUGAUAUGUUGAAAAAAAUGGACAAUCUUAUGGCUGCAGUUAAGAUGGCUGAGCUGUCUGAGUUCCAUACAAGUUCUGCAUCCUUGUCCAGUGGCCAGAAGAGCAUCAUGACUGAACAUAGCUGGGUUGAUGAUAUUGUAGAUGGUCAGCUUCUGAGGGUUACACAGAUACCAAUGAGAGUGCCCAUUUCCAAGCUGCAUGAUGCAGAGCAGCAAGAUGGCAGCUCCACAGCAGUACAGACAUCCUCAGGAGAACUUCAGAAACCUGCUUCUAAUGCAGGAGAACUUCAGAGACCUGCCUCUAAUGAGGCCCUGAAAAUAGUGCCUGUUGCUUCCAAAGAUACUUUGCCACCACAGCACAAUGAGAAGCCUCAGUUCCACCAGGAAGAUAAUGGCAAAAAGGUGACUGAAGCAAUGGCAACAGAGGAGGCUUUCCAUGACUCUCACAUCUUUGGAGAGGUCUUGUGCAGCACUGAACAAAAUCCCAACAAUUUGCCAAUGCUUGGAUUGGAAAGUCAUACUCUUUCAUGUGAGGCUGAUGAGAUGGCAAAACAUUUAUUUGAUCGUCUCUCACAAGGGCAUGUUACUCAGAGGAGAAAGCGUUCUACCCUAUUUGCUACAAGCACUCCAUCUUCUGCUCUGGAUAUCGUCAUACAUGUCAGUCCCACUCAGGCAGCUCAGGGUAGUACUGCACAGGACAACAGCAGCUCCAGCAACAACAACACACAGCAACAGUGGCGAUCUCCCAGCCCCCUGGCUUCUCCUGCUCAAACUGCUGUUAUUUCUCAUACAAACUCUGUGGGUAAAGAGACCUUUUGUGAGCAGCCACAGACAAAAGAAAUGGGGUAUGGUGUUGAAAUGGACCCUAGCUAUAGCCAAGUCCCUGAGCUUGUUCCUGUAAAGGUUAAAAGCAAAGGUAAGUGUAAAACUAGAGAGAAAAAGACUGUUAAAAAAGCAAGAACAGGAAAAAAGAAAACACCUGCAGAAAGUUUGCUGAAAACAAACAAUGCAGAAAGUAGUCCUGAUAGAUCUCAAGGCGAAGAGUGUGCUCAAAAUGCAAAGAAGCUUCUUCAGCCAAAAGUUGCAACACGUUCCAGUGAGACUGAAGUCUGUGAGAUGGGGCAGAAGGCAUUUGAGGGGGCUUUUGACAGGAGGAAUAGAGACUGUGGAGAGCACCAUUCCCACUCUUCUGAUGGAGUCCAAGACUUUGAAAGUACAUAUGAGGUGAAUCCAGCACAGCUGCAGAGUCUUGAAAAUGUUGACUUAAUGCAACAGGUUAAGAAGGGACCUAUCUUUGAGAUGCAAAGGAUGGAGAGCUUGUUAAAAUCCCCAGUUCAUACCUUCUCAAGUCAUGAAGUUGCCUCAGGUGAUUCCAGCCUACAGAAUUCUACAAGAUUCUCAAGUGUGAGCAGAAAGAGCAUCAGACAGAAAGCCAACAGAAAAACUAGAGUAAUUAGGCAAAGCGAUGAUUCUGAUGAGGAAUAUUUGCCAAACACUGUGAUAAUAACAGAGUCCAAAGCUGAAGAACGGCCUAAAAGAAGCCAAACAAGCAGGAAGAAUGCUGUCAGGAAAAGCAAUUGUGAUCAGAGAAAUGAAGAUAAUGUUUUUAGGCCCUGCAUAGAUGUUCAAGGAGUAGCUAAUGAGAGCACAAAGGAUUUGCCAGGUAAUCUAAAACAGCGCAGGGAAACAUAUAUUGUCCAUCCUUUGGAUCUUGCAGAAAAUGUGAGUUGUUUCCAGACGGAAUCUGAAGGAGGUAAAAAUGUACCUCCCAAGUCUGUUCCUGGGAGUAAAGUGAGCCAAAUCUCCAGAGCCAGUAAGAGCAAUCAAAAGAGCAAUAAAAAACAGACAGGGAGCCUUCAAGAAAAAGGGCAAGGUGAAGUUGACCACAAUAUGAAUUCUUUGAAAAAAGAAGCGUCUUGCAAACUCAGGUCUCAGAUGAAGAGGAGCAAGUCUCAACUUCCAGAGACUGAUUACCUGGCCAGAAAAAGUGAUGGUGCCAAGGUUCUCAUUGGAAGUCCCACAGAACAUGCUCCCAAGAAGACUAUCAAGUUUUCCUGCCAUCUGCUGUCUGAGCUGGAUGAUUUCCUGGAGGAGCAACUACCUGAGAUAUCACUUGCAGAUAGUCUUACAGACCUUUCACACAGUCCUGAAUCCUUCCAUGUGAGCAGUUCUGCAGUUUUGCCUGUCAGUUCCAGACUUACAGAAAUACCAGUUUCCAAGAGCUUAAGUACUGAGGGCAACAGAUUGCCAGAAAAACCUCCUGUUUCAUUGAAAAAAUCUCUGAUAUUUAAAGAAAACACUUCAGAGGAAAUACCUGGGGAAAGGAACCAAGCCCAGUCAAGUUCUUGGAGCCCACCGGAACCUGAUAUCAGGCCACUACAGGACUUGAACAGUCCCAGGGUUCUGUCUCACUCUGGCUCGGAGGAAGCAUUAGGAUGCUCAACCAGGCGGAAACGGAAGCCAGCCUGCUACAAAGAGCCAUCAAUCAGAAGGAAACUGAGGCAGGGUGACCCAUUUACAGACACCGCGUUCCUCUACUCUGCUCUCUACAAAAGCAAAGAGAAGCCUGUCAAAGCCAAGAGAAUGACCAAGAAGAUGAAAGAGAACAAAGACGUGUUUCCUGAAGGAUGUCUCAGUGCCAAGGCACAAGUUGAUAACAACGGAAAGGAUUAGAACAGUGGUUGAAAGCAGCCCCCAAGCCCCUAGAAGCUCAUACAUUUAGCCACAAGGCUACAGCUUUGAACGCAGAGGCCCAAGCAAAGAUGGAGGUGGCUGACCAGGCAGCUGAACUACUCCAACUAAGGCAACCCAAGGACCAAUUUGACAAACUGAGCCUUGUGCCAUGGGUUUUUUCUGUUUUCAAAUCUUUGGGACUUAUGGGGUGGUUGACAUAAAUUGAUGGAUGUCUGUUUUGAUGAUGGGCUUAUGUGCUGUAUGAUUAGCCCCUAGCUAUCUUCUGCUUUCUUCCUGUUCUCUCCCCGUCUGCCAUGGAAAGCUCCCUGCAGCAGAAGAUGAGCCCUAUGCCAACCAACAUUAAGGAAUAAUUGAAACACAGGGUGCAUAGGACCAGACCUAAACAUGUCUUGUUUCAAACAUUCUGAGUAUUGCUACAAAGAAGGUGAUUGGAGGAGAGGGUCCCAUGAGACAGAGCUGUUCAAAAACAGCUCCCCUUUUCCUAUCACUCCUUGCCCUUUUUAAAAAGUACCUCCUACAGCCUUCUUGUAGCCCCUUGAGGUACUGGAAGGUGUGAUAAGGUCUCCCUAGCACCUUUUCCGUUUUCCAGGCUGAACAACCUCAACUCUCUCAGCCUGUCUUCAUAGGAGACAUAUUUCAGCCCUCUGAUCAUCUUUGUGUUCCAACAGGUCCAUAUGCCUCUUAAGCUGGGAAUCACAGACCUGGCCAACAGAACUCCAGAUGGGGUCAGUUGCAUUUAAGGAAAUCAUUUACACUUCCAUUGCAGCACCCACUGGCUUCAAGCACUUGCUUUCUUUAGGGUCUACUCUUGUGACUUCGAAGGUUAUGGAUUCUAAAUGUUUGAGAGAAUGAUGGGGAAAAGAAGGGAUCACACCAGUAGUAAAAGGGAAGGAAAUGUGCCUGUUUGGAAGCAGGAAAAGUGUUUCCUCUUUGUGGUAGAGCAGGGAGAGGGCUGCUCUUUUCUUCUGCCCAUACUUACUCUUUCUCCUCAGCACCAUCUAUCAGUUCAUGAGGUUAGGCUGGGUCUUGCUGUACUCUCUGUAUUCAGAGGACUCCAGAAGAUGGAAACUUCAUUAGUAGAGGGGAAAAUAGUGUCAUUGGCAGCCAGGUAAACGCUACUGCAUAGCUUACAUUUAAGCUGUACUUUUAAGUUAUUAAAACUAGGAAAGAAAAAGUCUGAUUCAAAAAAUGCCUUACCUGUUCAGUUUUCUGGAAGUUACCAAGAUUUCUCUGGUAUUCUGUAACUCUGGAAGCCAGGUAGGAGCUAGUAAAUAACACUUAUAACACUUGUUAUAAGUGCUGUUGUAUUAGAACCUGCCUGUGUUGACCCAAUGUCUGAAGCCAGGCAGGAACAUAGAUCUCCAAGUGUUCCCAGUAAUUGUUUUCAUUGCCUCUAUGGGUCAGAAAUUGGACUUUUUCCUUCUGCACUUAUGUGCUUGUACUAAUAACAGAAUAAUAGAUUGUAUUAAUUGACAUGCAAGGUACAGAGACAGCUGCUAGCAGUUACAGAGCUGUACUUCAAACACAGGGUAAGAGCAUCUCCUUUAGUCUAUAGGUAUUCUUAUCCUAAUCACCAUCUAUAGCAGUCAGCUGGAGGGAGAGAGUUCGUUCAUGUGUAAUCAGUUCCUCUUUUGCUGAAUAAUGAUCUAUCAGUUUGUAUUACUCCCCAAAUAAAAUUUUAAUGAAUUCUUGUACACUAUGUGAUGCUUACCAUGACACUACACUUGACAGCUUUGCCUAGGCUAGAACAAAUUGAAACUCUAUUGUAAGAAGGGAGAUACUUUAUGUUUAUAUCACAUUCCAAGAGUCUGUCCCAGCGUGUACUGGACUGCGCUGAAAGCUACUGCAGUUUCCGAGCCAGUUUCCCCAUAUCUGCUAAUCACAUGAAGGAGACACAAAGAAUGUUAGUCUUUUAUUUUAGUCCGAAUUAAAAAUAUUCCUUAAAAAAAACCAACACACAAUCAUGGAUGGAAUAAGUUUUCACAGUCACGAUAUUACUUGCUGUAAGACAACAAGGGUAAGUAAUCGCCCAGACAGUUGGAGAAAAGUUUGCACCUUUAUGAAUUGUGGGGUGAGGGAAGAGGUUAACAGUUCCCAUGCUUCACAUCCAGUCAGAAGGAGCAUAACUAAAUGCACGGCCUGCAUUUAGACACUGCAGCAUGGCUUUGGUAGGCUCUUAGCCUAUAAGGCUUGUUUCCAGCAUUUAGUAAGUGCUACUCAAAUGCUACAGUCCUGACUGUAGCAAUGGAACCAAAUCUCUUGGUAUCAGGAUACUGUGCUCUGGUUGGCACUACAAGAUAAAUUCAGGAGUGCUGUGGUAGAGCUUGCAUAGCCCUCCAAGCUCACUUAUACUCACUGGAAAGGACUCAAGAGAGGAGGAUGGUAUUAAUUUCUAAGGUCUGCUGGACAGUGGGCCACUGCUGGUUUGACCAGAGCUGUGACACAAACUGGCCUUCAGAUUGAGGAAGAGAUAAACAUAGAUCAACGUCACAGAGGAAAACUUCAGGUCUGCUGUGAACAAAAUUAGGCAUCUAGACCCAUAUCAAGCUUUUAUCAAAUUCAUCUGCUUAGCAAAAGUAGGGCUUAGCCUAGCAGCUCAAAGGGUUUCAGAAAACAUGAUUUUCUGAAAGUUUUAAAAGUGUCUUGUUCACUUUUAUCUAGUGUUUGCAAUGUUACACAAGAAAGCAUAAUGGAGACCCACUUAUGCGAGCAAUGACAGAAAAGCCAGGUACGUGUUUUCUCCAAUAUCCUAAAGUUCCCGUUAACUCAUAUAAUUUUUUCUUUGAUGGGGGCACCUGUAUUUGUUCCAAUUCCUUGAAAGUGUCUGGCGGAGCUACUGCAUUGGCUGCAUCUACCAAGUACCCAAAUUUCUUGGUCCUUGACAUUUUUCAGGCUGAUUUCAAUUUCUGCUUCAUGCAAUGCUUCCCAUAAUUGUUGCUGCUUCUCCCAUCUUGUCAUGGGAAUCUCUUUCAAUUAAAGUAUUAUCUAUAUAUUAGUAUAGUUUCACAUCUGGGGGGAGUGAGACUGUAAAAAUUCAGCAAGAUGGAGCAAUCGUGGGUGAAUGUACCUUGGAGGGAGCCUAUUAAAAAACUAAAACCGAUGAGAGAACAACUGCUAAGAGGAAGAACAGGAAAAAAUAAACAAUUGCAAUUACAAACAAUGCACAAAGUAGUCCUGAUAGAUCUCAAGGUGAAUGAAGAGUAUGCUCAAAAUGCAAGAAGCUUCUUUAGCCAAAAGUUGCAACAUGUUCUAAUGAGACUGAAGUCUGUGAGAUGGGGUAGAA